AGUUUUGAGCGUCUACAUACACUGAUAAAAACAUGGGUGAUUGGGAAAACAUUUUUAAGUUUGUCAGUCAAUUGACAAUAAAUACAAUAGAGGAUUUAGGUUUUCAGAAACCGACCCCCGUCCAGGAUGCCUGUGUUCCACUUCUGAUGAGUUAUAAAGACGUUGCAGCAGAAGCUGUUACAGGAAGUGGGAAAACUCUUGCUUUUCUCGUCCCUGUUUUUGAGCUACUUAGCAAAAGUGAUAUGGUUUGGAAACGAAAUGAAGUUGGGGCAUUGAUCAUAAGUCCAACCAGAGAACUUGCACAGCAAAUUUACUCCGUGGCAGAGAUUUUUUUGAAACAUUUCCCCAAUCUGUCUGCCUCUAUCUUUACUGGAGGAAAAUCUACCAAAAAUGCCAAUGUUAAGGGAGAAAUAUUUGGUAAUAUUGUGAUUGGCACUCCAGGGAGGCUUGAGGCACUUUUUGAACAAAAAUUUGAAGGUGUUGAGCUGGCACGAUGUGUCAAGUCCCUCGAGAUCCUUGUCCUUGAUGAGGCUGACCGCUUGCUUGACAUGGGCUUUGAGGCAAGCAUCAACACCAUUCUCAGCUAUAUUCCCAAACAAAGAAGAACGGGACUCUUCUCUGCCACACAAACUGAUGAGGUAGAGAAACUUAUCAGAGCUGGUUUGCGAAAUCCAGUAAGAGUUACUAUCAAGGAGAAGUCCAGCAGACAGGCUGUUUCAGAUGAGAUGCUGGAUAUUCAAAGAACACCUGCUUCACUGAAGAACUAUUUUAUGAUCGUGAAGGCAGAGCACAAACUUGACCAGCUUGUCUACUUCAUAAAAUCUCAUAAAAAACAGAAGAUAUUGGUUUUCUUGAGCACAUGUGCAGGAGUGGAUUACUUUUCCAAAAUACUGCCUCCUCUUGUGAAAGUAUCACAGAUCUACUGCAUCCAUGGAAAGAUGAAGAACAGGAAAAAAGUGAUAGAGAGGUUUAGGAUGCAGGGUGGGGGCGUUCUGGUGUGUACAGAUGUGAUGGCCCGUGGUAUAGACAUUCCCAACAUCAACUGGGUCAUACAGUAUGAUCCACCCACAUCAGCUACAGCCUUUGUUCAUAGGUGUGGUCGUACAGCCCGUAACGGCCUCACUGGGAGUGCCAUAGUCUUCCUCCAGCCCCAGGAGCAGGAGUUUGUGGAUUUCAUCCGGGUGAACCAGCGGGUGCCUCUUCACCCCAUGGAGCCUCUGCCCACCUCGAACACCUGCAUACAGGAAGUUCAGACCAUGGCCAUCAAUGACAGAGCGGUGUUUGAAAAGGGAAUGCGAGCCUUUGUCAGUUUUGUCCAGUCCUACGCAAAGCAUGAAAACUACAUGAUUUUUCAAAUGAAGAACUUGGACUUUGGGAGUUUGGCUACUGGAUUUGGGCUCAUUAAGUUCCCAAAAAUGCCGGAAACUAAAGGAAAAGAUAUUUCAAACUUCUGUGAGGUGGCAAUUAGUGUUAAGGACAUACAGUAUAUAGAUAAAUCGUUAGAAAAGAAGAGACAAGAACAGCUGAAGUCUGAAAGCAGCCGACGUAACAAUGUUGACAUGAAACGGAAAAGGCACCAAAAGACAGAGUCGUGGUCAGGGAAAAAAGAUCAGAAAGAUAGGAAGCGAAAGAGGAGAGAGGUUAAGGAGAAAAAGAGACUUCAGCCCGUUGUGGAGCGGGACAAUGGCGAGGAUCUGUUGUCUUUAGAUGAAGAUAUUAGGAUGAUCAAGAAAUUAAAAAAGAAAAAGAUUUCAAAAGAACAGUUUGAUGCAGAAUUCAGCCUAGACUGUGAUGAGUUAUCUUCAUAACGAACAUUUGAGCUGCUGCAGAAAUGAAAUAAAUUAUUUCUCUUGUUGCCGCUUAUAAGCUAGUUUAAUUGUCAA